AUGUAACCAAAUCUGAGUAAAAGACUAUUUUCUUCAAAGCUAAAUGAGGUGUGUAGAUAAACAAUCAGUUAGAUUAAAGAAGCUGGAACAUAUAAAAGUGAGAGAGUGAUCACAAGUUCUCAGAGCACUCACAUCACAGUUAACGGCAAGAGAGUUUUGAACUUUUGUGCAAACAACUACCUUGGUCUCUCAGAUCACUCUAGAAUCAGAGAAGCUGCAAAGAGAACAAUUGAUUAAUAUGGAUUUGGAAUGAGUAGUGUGAGGUUCAUCUGCGGAACCUAAGAUCUCCACAAGAAUCUCGAGAAGAGAAUUGCUGCUUUUCAUAAAAUGGAAGACUGCAUCCUCUAUCCUUCAGCUUUUGAUGCAAAUGCUGGUUUUUUCGAGGCAGUUCUAACCCCAGAUGAUGCAAUUAUUAGUGAUGAACUAAAUCAUGCUUCAAUUAUUGAUGGAAUUAGACUUUCAAAGGCAAAGAGACUCAGAUAUAAGCAUUUGGAUUUGGGAGAUCUAGAAAAGAACCUUAAAGAGGCUGAGGGAUCUAGAUUGAAGCUCAUAGUCACUGAUGGAGUCUUCUCCAUGGAUGGAGAUAUCGCUCCACUGACUGAUAUUGUUAAACUAGCCAAGUAAUAUGGUGCCUUCACAUUUGUUGAUGAGUGCCAUGCUACAGGUGUGAUUGGAAAGACAGGUAGAGGAACACCCGAAUACUUUGGACUUGAGGGGUAAAUAGAUGUGAUUAACUCGACUCUUGGUAAAGCUAUGGGAGGUGGUACAGGUGGCUAUACUGCUGCCAGCAAAGAGGUAGUUGAUAUUCUGAGAAACAAGGGAAGACCUUAUCUAUUUUCCAAUUCAAUUGCUCCUCCAGUAGCUGGAGCAUCUCUCUAAGCAUAUUAAAUGCUGGAUGAAAACUCUUCUCUUCUCGAAAGUCUUGCAAGAAAUACCAAGCAUUUUAGGACUGAGAUGAAGAAAGCUGGUUUCACCAUUCUUGGUCAUGAAGAGUGCCCUAUUUCCCCAGUUCUCUUAGGUGAUGCCAGACUUGCUUCAGAGUUUGCAGAUGAAAUGAUGAAGGAGGACAUCUAUGUUAUUGGCUUCAGCUACCCAGUAGUGCCAACUGGUAAAGCUAGAAUCAGAGUGCAACUCUCAGCUGCUCAUACCCCCGAGGAUGUUUAGAGAGCUGUUAAUGGAUUUAUAAAUAUUGGAAGAAAGAAGGGAAUCAUUGGAGAUGCUAAACUUUGA